GUCGCGGAGUUGGAUGUGCAGCUCUCUCAGCUCACUUCUGUCUGCUAACAGUGACUUAUUGAGGCUGUUGUAAUCCUCCAUACCUCCCUCCGUCUUUCUCUCUUUCUGCUCCACCUACCCCUCAAACUGCAGCUCUGUCUGCCUCCCUCUCUCCCCCUCUCAUCCUCCUCCUCCCCCCCUCUGUCUCUCUUCCUCCAGAGCAGAAAUGCAGCAGAGCUUGAUCUGACUUGUCCUCCCCUGCUGGAAAGCGUUUCCCCUCCUCGCUCGGAACUUUAUUUUUGGGCUCUUUUUCUGCCGCCCUCCACGCUGUGAUAUGGCCAUUCCCGUCUCUCUCCAGUGUCUGGGGCUCAUCACGCUCUCUGCGAUCCUCCUGCAGACCAUCGCGGUCGCCGUCAGCUUCAUGUACUUCAACAGAGUCCUGAACACGAUGCAGGAGAGUUUCUCCCGGAGCAGUGUUUCCUGUCUGAUUAACGCGAAUCUGCUCUUUGUGUCGGAAGACUCAGCAGAGGACAAGAAGAGCGACCCCUGCUGGCAAGUCACGCAACAGCUCCACUACCACAUAGAGAAGACGAUGGCUGACAGAUUCCAGAAGGAGAUAUCCACGGCUAUGAGAGAUAAGCUGACAGGAGUGCUGCCUGUCCUGAGCCCUGGGGUCCAAGGGGUCCCUCUUCCCAAAGUCGCCGCCCAUGUGACUGGAGUCAGCUUGUCCACGGAGCCUCCAACAGCAGAGGGCUCACGGAGCAGCAGGGGCUACCUGGGCGAGCGAAUCAGAGCGUGGGAGGGCCAGAGAGGUUUGUCCUUCCUGCAGAACAUGGAGCUGAGGGGAGGAGAGCUGCUGGUGCCCAGAGCAGGCCUCUACUACAUCUACGGCCAGACAUACUUCAGACUGCCCUCCACGGGGGAGGCAGACGGGGAGGUGAAGGAGGAGGAAGGAGCACAGCUUGUCCAGUAUAUCUACAAGAAGAUGAGUUCCUACCCCGUCCCCAUCUUGCUGAUGAAAUCGUCCCGGAGCGCCUGCUGGCCUCGGGGGCAGGAACCUGGUCUCUUCUCCCUGCAUCAGGCUGGUACCGCCUUCCUUCAGCCUGCUGACCGCCUCUUCAUCACCGUCAGCAAUGCUAGCACCAUGGAGAUGGACGGGAGGGCGAGCUACUUCGGGGCCUUCCUCGUGGGCUAAAGGAAAAAAAAAAAAAGAAGUGUCUGGGACUGUGAUAACUUUAUAUAGACAUCAGCUCAAGUUAACCCAAAUGAAACAGGGGUUUGCUUCUCCAUAUGAACAACUGUCUGAAGGUACAGGACUGGAGAAGAGCGGACUGCAAAGAAGGAGGUGCAAAGGACAUCUUCGGGACUGUGGAGCAGUAAGGAUAUGAUCAAACCGACCGCAGUGGCAGACUGCUGGUGGCCCGAAAUGGCACGGAAGAAAAGCCACUUGCUGUGUAUUUACUGCAGCAGCGGUCACAGAUAAACCUCACACGGGUCAUUAACUCUGGUAAACAGAGCCGAACUGUUAGAACAGAGCAAACGUGGAUUACGUGGUGCGUUCAGAGUCCAGGUCAUCUGGAGCAGCACAAUAGAUGCAGAUUAAAUGUUGUGCUCUCGCGUGUGAAUGACUUCCAUUGAGAGACGGAGUGAGCCGUUUUUUUUCGCCCGCGGGUCCAACAACCAACAGCCGGGCUUGUCCUGCCCAGGAAGUGACAGUGUGCUGUGGGACACAUGACACUUGUCCUUUUAUUAUUAAAAAAUAAGGAUCAAAAAAGCCACAGGACAAGAUUUUUAGAUGUUUGAUAUCAUGAAGGAAGCCUUUUUUUUCCUUUUUGUCUGUUUAAAGCAGGCCGACUUUUGGUUGAAUUUCCUCGUUGUGCAACAUGAUGAAUGAAUGUGUGGCGUGACACAGAUCUGAAUGUCCCGCGGUCUUAAAGAUAAGAGCUUUCUCGUAUAAAUGAACUGAGUAUUUAAAGCGUUUUCUGACUGACUUGCACUUCUUCAUCCAGUGAAAGAAGAGCACAAACCAUCCCAGAUAUUUCAUAAUUUAUCAGCCAUGCUAGCGAGCAGAACAAUAGUAUUUCAGUGACCUUUUAAUGAACUGUCAUGAAAGUUUUUUGUUUUUUUUUACAAACAUUCAUGGUUCGUUGACAAUGAACCCUAAAGACUUUUGGUGCUCUCAACAACUUUCCCUCAGGAUGAAAUGUAACUUCGAUGGCACAUUCAACUUUUUGUGGGCUCCAUCAUCACGUCACGUGUUUAGAAUCUCACUGAUAACAAUAAAAAGAAAAUACCCGUCCCAAUA